UUUUUUUUUUUUUUUUUUAUAUACCUCUUUUUUUAUUAUACAUUUAUCAUGGUGCCGCCGAUUAAAAAGAGAAAUAAAAAGCCAUUAACACCAUUACAAAGAAAACAACUUCAAAAAAAACGAGAAUUAAUCCAUAAAGCACAAAUCAAAAGUCAAUAUUAUAAAACCAAAGAUGCUCAAGAUGAUACACCUGAUUAUGUGAAAGAAAUUUUUGGUGCAGAACGUACGAUUGAUAAAGACGGUAAUGUAGUUGAAUUAGAAAGACCCACAUUUGAACCAGAGCAAGAAGAAGUUGAACUUGAAUCCUCGUCAGAAGAGGAAGGAAAGGCUGAAAAACGAAAGAAACCAAAUCCGUUUAAAACACAAAUUGAAGAGAGAGAAAGACGCAAGAAAGAGACAGAAGAAGAAAGAAAGAAACGUUUAAGAGAAUUAGAAGAAAGAAAGAAGGAAACAAAAGCGUAUUAUAAGAAAAGAAGAGAACAGCGUGGCAAGAUGCUGUCUAAAACUAAAACAGGCCAACCUAACAUGGCUGCUCAAAUGGAUGUUUUACUUGAAAAAAUACAAAAAUCUACGUAAUAAAACGGAAUUGUAAAUAAUUGUUUAUUUUUAUAUAUAUGUAAUGCACAUCAAAAUGAAAUACAAAAGGGAAAAAAGAAAAGAAAAAGAAAAAAAAAAGUGGGGUGGGUGAAGGGAAAGAAAGAGAGAGAGAGAGGGGAAUAGGGCUUUAAUGAUCAAGAAUACGCAAACAACCAGUAACAACCUUAUUUUCC